AUGCAUCUCAGCUUCAGCUUCUCACCCUCCCUGCCACCGGUGCCGCCGCCGUCUCCGUCCGACCCUCUCACAGACAUCACGCGCAAAUCCUCCUUCUCCACCUCAACAGAACGCAACAACGCGUGCGCAUUUCCCUCGUGGCCGAACCGGCCCUCGCUGCUCAGUCCCGAACCAUCGGCGUCUUCCUAUCUGUCCGACGAAGAUCUCUUCUUCGACACCCCCUCCAACAGCUUCUCCAUGCCCCCUUCGUCAUCCUCCUCCUCCUCCUCCUCCGACUCCGCCAUCGACGACCACUCCUUCCUACACGGAGAGAACCACAGAAGCCUCACCACCGAAGAACAAAUCGCCCGCCUACGCGCCCUCGCCCAGGAAGAGGAAACCCAACGCGCCCGUUUUCUCGCCCAAGUCCAGGCCCACGCCCGGGCGCAGCAGGCCCUCAAGGUCGCCGCGGCCUUAGGCCACCAACAGCACAUGCAACCGGCUCAUGGCCCGCAUCAGACGGUCGCUUUAUCGGAUAAGCGCAAGAAGCGCAAGCCUUCCUUCAAGAAGAGAAAAUAG